UAUUUUCUUCAAGAUAAAUGAUGUAAUCUAACAAGAAUAAAGUCUAAUUUUCUCGAGGAAAAAAAUGCACAAUAUGAUAGGGAGGAAGAUGUAUUUUGAAAAAUAUGUAUAGAUUACAGGAUAUUACAAUAACAAUAUCUGCAAGAAAAAGUCGCAAAAAAGUCCAAAUUUUCAGCAGAAACUUAUUUUUUUUCACGAUCUUAAACCAAACAAUGCAAAGUGCCACGAACGGGCUAACGAAUAGCAUCAAUAGUCGUGGUAUGCAACCCAUUAUAUAUUAUUUUGUAUGCUGUAUGUCUGUAUUAUACUGACCACUGGUGGUCAAAUCUGGCUGGUAGGAGCUCUACAAUUAAGCAUACAAUCAUAAUAUUCAUAUUUCUUUUAAAAUCUCAUUGUGAUCAUGGCUCUUUUAAAAGCAAAAGAAGACGUAAAGUCGGUCAAUGGUGUUGCAUUGUAGAAGUACCUAUGAGAGACAGGAGGACAACGUUGCAGGUCAACAUGUUAAUCUGGUUAAUCCCAUAAAGAGCAUCUGUCUAUCAGGCCCCUCCAGUCAAGAGGUAUUACAUUUUAGCCACUCUAAAUCUACCAUUACGCUUUAGCCAGCAUCAGGUCAGGAUCGGACCCUCGGUGUCGCUGCACAAGUGGCACUUUUGGCGCAGAAGGACCAUCGAGAUGGCGAUGAGGUGGCGCUCCAGCUCUCUGGAUGAGGACCAAUGCUUGGAGUUCGGACACCAGAAUGACGAUGUGGCCCCUUUGCAUCGCAGCGGUGGGAGAGGUCGGCGAGUCCGCAGCUCGCUCUCCAUGCACAUCUACGGCCUGCAAAGGCAGCAUGACCACGUUGACUACUACCAAGGGAUGGAAGAGCUGAAGACAGCUCACCUGAACAAUGUGGCCCAGUUGGAGAGGAUGUACAUCCAUCACUGGGAGCAAGACGAGGACGGACAUAACAGCUCAGUCAGGAAACUCCAGAAAAUCAAUUCCCAGGAGGAGUUGGACCUCAAUGAGACAUCGAGCGGCUCCGACCAAUCCGAGCUGUCGGUGGAGGACAACGUGAGGGGAAUGACGCCCAAGAAUCUCAGUGAGCGUGUCCUCAGCCCAGACGACAUGUUGAUGAUCCAGAAGGACUUCAGGUUCCAGCCCAAGUCAUCGGUUUCCAAACAGCAGGCAAGGGUGCCGCCCCAAAGGGCCUUCAAGGCACGGCCCAGCGACUCCAGAAUCACAGUGCCCAAACCAUUCCAGAUGAUGCUGAGAGAAGCGCGAAAAGCGCGCACGCGCUCCGAGGUGGAACUUGAGAACACACUGCUGCGACGUGAGCUGGAUGAGCUCAGAGAGUGCCAGAAAAAGUUCCGGGCCUCGCCUGCGCCGUCUCACAUACGCCGGCCUCUUGCCGAUAUCAUCAGCCGGCGCUCGCCGCAACCGUCCAUUCUGGGCGCCUCUGCUCUGCAGCCCUCCCACUUCCUGGAAAGAGAGAAGAAGAAGAGGGAGUCAAAGAUGGCUGCGGAGCUAGCCGGCAAAGGGGACCCACAAGAGAUGCGGCGGGCUAUCACGGCCUGGCCCAGACCUGCAAGUCGGCAGUCAUCUGCAACCCCAGGCAAGUCGCACGCCUCCAGACCUCCAAGACGUCUGUCAUCCAAGCCUGUGAAGAAGCAACUGGAGGUGUCCAUUGAGCUGGUCAAGGAAAGCGAAUGCUCCCACUGACUGACCGUCCUGUACAUCGAUGUUUAAUUUUGUAUUUUUUGGAAUGUGCAAUCAAUUUCCAGCGAAGAAACAAUAAUACUCUCCUUUGCAACAGUCCCCGUGUGUCCCAAUGAGGCUCUCAACAACAGACAUGAGCAAAUGAUUGAUA